AUGCGGGGCGCGGAGGAGCGGGAGGCGGGCGAGGGCGAGGGCGAGGACGAGGCGGCCCGGCGGGGCGCGCAGCGGCGGCUGCGGGGCGGCAGCAUGGGCGGGCGGGCGGGCAAGGGCUCGCCGAACGGCGAGUGCCGGCGCGGGGAGCCGCAGUGCAGCGGGGCCGGGGCCGAGCCGCCGCGGGAGCCCAAGGUGUCGUUCUCGUGCGGGUCGGAGAAGGCGGCCGAGGAGGGCGCGGGGCUGGCGGACGAGGCGGCCGGGGAGGAGGCGCGGGGCAGCCAGGCCAGCUUCAUGCAGCGGCAGUUCGGCGCCCUGCUGCAGCCCGGCGUCAACAAGUUCUCGCUGCGGAUGUUCGGCUCGCAGAAGGCGGUGGAGCGCGAGCAGGAGCGCGUCAAGUCGGCCGGAGCCUGGAUCAUCCACCCCUACAGCGACUUCAGGUUUUACUGGGAUUUCACAAUGCUGCUGUUCAUGGUGGGCAACCUGAUCAUCAUCCCCGUGGGCAUCACCUUCUUCAAGGAGGAGACCACGGCGCCCUGGAUCGUCUUCAAUGUGGUGUCGGACACCUUCUUCCUCAUGGACCUGGUGCUGAACUUCCGGACGGGCAUCGUCAUCGAGGACAACACGGACAUCAUCCUGGACCCCGAGCGCAUCAAGAAGAAGUACCUCAAGACCUGGUUCGUGGUGGACUUUGUCUCCUCCAUCCCCGUGGAUUACAUCUUCCUCAUCGUGGAGAAGGGCAUCGACUCGGAGGUCUACAAGACGGCCCGCGCCCUCCGCAUCGUCCGCUUCACCAAGAUCCUCAGCCUCCUGCGGCUGCUUCGCCUCUCCCGCCUCAUCCGCUACAUCCACCAGUGGGAAGAGAUCUUCCACAUGACCUACGACCUGGCGAGCGCCGUGAUGCGCAUUAUCAACCUCAUCGGCAUGAUGCUGCUGCUGUGCCACUGGGACGGCUGCCUCCAGUUCCUGGUGCCCAUGCUGCAGGACUUCCCCAGCAACUGCUGGGUCUCCAUCAACGGCAUGGUGAACAACUCAUGGAGCGAGCUCUACUCCUUUGCGCUCUUCAAGUCCAUGAGCCACAUGCUGUGCAUCGGCUACGGGAAGCAGGCGCCUGAGAGCAUGACUGACAUCUGGCUCACCAUGCUCAGCAUGAUCGUGGGCGCCACCUGCUACGCCAUGUUCAUCGGCCACGCUACCGCCCUCAUCCAGUCGCUGGACUCCUCGCGGCGCCAGUACCAGGAGAAGUACAAGCAGGUGGAGCAGUACAUGUCCUUCCACAAGCUGCCGGCCGACUUCCGCCAGAAGAUCCACGACUACUACGAGCACCGCUACCAGGGCAAGAUGUUCGACGAAGACAGCAUCUUAGGCGAGCUCAACGAGCCUCUGCGAGAGGAGAUCGUGAACUUCAACUGCCGCAAGCUGGUGGCCUCCAUGCCCCUCUUUGCCAACGCCGACCCCAACUUCGUCACGGCCAUGCUCACCAAGCUCAAGUUCGAGGUCUUCCAGCCGGGCGACUACAUCAUCCGCGAGGGCACCAUCGGCAAGAAGAUGUACUUCAUCCAGCACGGCGUCGUCAGCGUCCUCACCAAGGGCAACAAGGAGAUGAAGCUCUCGGACGGCUCCUACUUCGGGGAGAUCUGCCUGCUGACGCGGGGCCGCCGCACAGCCAGCGUCCGCGCCGACACCUACUGCCGCCUCUACUCGCUCUCGGUGGACAACUUCAACGAGGUGCUGGAGGAGUAUCCCAUGAUGCGGCGCGCCUUCGAGACCGUCGCCAUCGACCGCCUGGACCGCAUUGGCAAGAAGAACUCGAUCCUGCUCCACAAAGUGCAGCACGACCUCAACUCGGGCGUCUUCAACAACCAGGAGAACGAGAUCAUCCAGGAGAUCGUCAAGUACGACCGGGAGAUGGUGCAGCAGGCAGGGCUGCAGCAGCAGACCGCCCUCUACACGCCCGUGCAGCCCCAGGUCACCUCCGCCAUCGCCACCCUGCAGCAGGCCGUGGCCAUGAGCUUCUGCCCGCAGAUGGCCAGCCCCUUGGUGGGCUCCGUGGCCCUGGGCUCGCCCCGCAUGAUGCGGCGCCUGCAGUAUGCCCAGGCCAUGCCCGGCCCCUUCUCCAUGUCGCCCGUGCUGCUGCAGCAGCAGAACCCGCAGCUGCCGCAGCCCAACCCGCAGCCGGCGCCGACGCCACCGCCCGCCUCGGCCGGCGCCUUCCCGGCGGCCGUGUCCAGCCCGCCCUCCCAAAGCCCCCUGGCCGGCCGGACGUUCCCGCAUGGGGCCAAGGGCCAGUUGGGCUCCCAGCAGUCCCUGAGCCAGCAGAAAGCCCCCGGGUCGCCGCAGCGGCUGGCCGCCCACAAGAGCACGCAGGCGCUGCCCACCAGCAGCCUGAGCCAGGAGACGCGGCCCCUGUCGGCCUCCCAGCCCUCGCUGCCCCGCGGCGUCUCGCCCACCCUGACCCAGAGCCCGCCGCCGUCGGCCCACGAGUCCAGCACCUCCAUCGCCGCCGGCCAGGCCUCGGCCUCGGCCUCCCCCAGCGCCGGCCCCCAGGCUGGGCUGCGGGGCGCGGUGCCCGCCCGUGCGGCGCUGUCCCACCCGCUGCCCACCAGCGCCACGUACGUGGGGGCAGCCGGCAUCCCGCAGGACUCGGGCAGCGCCCGGAAGGAUUCGGUGGCCAGCGCCACUGACACGGACCCAGCCAAAUCCCGGCUCUCGUCCAACUUGUGACCUUUGCUCCCUGCCAGCCGGGCCGGGGCGUGGGGGGAGACUGUGUGAGCUGCCCCCGGCUCGCUCCUGGAAGACGAGGGGUCAACGGGCCUCGGCGCCCAGCCCUGAUGGACACCGGAAGAGGCCGAAGGGGAGUCGGGGAGGGUGGGGGAGCACGGACGGAGCCCCCCACGCCCCGUCCCACGCCGGGCAGGGCGGCCUGGCCCCGCUCCAUCUUCUCUGACCAAAGCGCGGCCCCCAUCUCUCCUGCUGCUAGCGUGAAGAGCCUUGUCCCCGCGCCCCUCCUGACUGCACCAUAGAAGCCAUAGCUAAUUAAUCUCGCGACGAUCCAAUAUGUAUAUUAUAUAUAUAUAUGUAUCAAGGCCUGGCGCGGGGGCACGGUGCGUGCGUUGGGCACCCUGCGGCACAGAGAGACCCCCCUGCCCCCAUGGCGGGGUGGGGGGUAGAGGAGGAGGGGGUCUGGGCCCUUGCUGGCUCUGCCACGCUUCCUGCCCACCCCCGUGGUCUGCCUCGCCCGUGCCCCCCCAACCCGCCAGAGGUGCCCGGCGUGAGCUCGGGGCUGCCCUCGCUGCGUGAGCGGGGGGCUGCCAGGCUGCUGCUCCGUUCGUGUCUGUUUUCUGUGUUUUAAAUGGGGAAGGAAAUGGGGUGUCCCGCUCCCCGGCCCCCUCGGGCCCCCCCUCCCGCUCCUUCCCCAGCAGGGAGAGCGAGGGCCUGGGAGCCAGGAUUGCUGGGGUCCCUCGCCCGGCUCUGCCUCUCACGGGCCGUGCGACUUCGGGUGAGUCUCUGUGCCUCGGUUUGCCCAUCUGUGAAAUGGGUAUGAUAAUGCUGCAGUACUACCUGGGGCAGGUGCGAGCCUCGCUGGUGAGGGGAGCAUGUUGGGGGCCAUGGGAGGGAUGAAGGUGAAGUAUUAUUAUUCCUCUCCCCUUGACGGGGCGUGGUUGGCUUUGUGCCGGCAGCCCAGCAACCCCUGAAGGAGCCCAUGCCUGGGGGAGCUGUGGUCGCAGGGGGUCUCUGGGUGUUGGGGGGGGACCACGGUCUGCUCCUCCGUCCCUGGUGCCCUCCCAGCUGGCGAGGCGGGUGCACUGGGAGGGACCCCCACAGCCUGCCCCUGCCCGUCUGUCUGUCCUUUAAGGCGCAGUACGGAUGGGGACAGCUCCCACCACCCUCAGAGCUGCAAUAAUGAAGGCAGGGCCAAAUCCUGAUCCUGCAAGUGAAUGGGGCGAGGUGCGUGUGUGCGCACAUGGGGGGGGGUCCCCCCAUCUCGGUUUCCUAAGGGCUUCAAGGAAUAGGAGGGAGCCCUGGAGCGGCAGAGGUUGGCAGUGGGCGCCAGUUCCCACGCACUGCAUGCCCAGGGGCCGGGGCUGGAGGAUCGGGGCAGGCGGGGAGAGGAGCAGGCAGGAGGGGACCAGGCCUGGAGCAGCCCCCCCGCCCCACGCUCCCCGGCUGUCUCUGCUCUCCGUGUGGCACCAGCGGGGCCGUUCUGCAUGUCCUUGUCCUGUGCCCGUCUGCAUGUCUGGGGUGGCACAGCGCUGCCUGGGCAAGGGGGCUGGACUAGCCCAGAGGGAUGGGGCGCAUCGCACCCAUCCUUCCUCCACCCUGGCCCUCUCCAGAGACUCCUUCCAAGGGCCCCGUUGGGGGAGCCCGGGCUCCCCAUUGGGGGGGCAAAGAUGCUGCCAAAGCAGAUCCUAGGGCAGAGCCCUCAGCACCGCCGGGGAUGCUGCGCCUCCCUGCAGAGCCCCGGACCAGGCCUGGAGUGCGAGGGGCAGGGCAGGCCGGGGAGGGUCUCCAGCGGGGCAGGAGCUGAGGACUGGGGAAGGGGCAGCUCCUUUCGGGCUUGCUUUGGGUUCGGGGCAGGGCAUUCUCUGCAUCCGCCGCCACUUUGCAGGCCAAGGCAGGGGGAAGAGGCGAUGUGCCAGCUGCUGUGAUGGGUCUUCGAGUCCUGCCUCCUUCCCCAGCCCUGGGCUGGGCCGUGAGCCCCUGGCGAGCUCCAGAGGCGGGUAAGGAGGGUGGCACGACAUCCGCCGGGGUGGUUUGAGAGCCCUGGCAUGGGCAGGGGGAGUCCUGGGGGGGUUGUCCACCCCCCCAAUUCCCCUCCUCAUCCUCCGUCUCCCGCGUCCAACCGGACCCUUCCCCUUUCUUGAGGCCGGGGGUGGGGGGCAGGCGGUGUGUGUGUGUGUGUAUCUGUGUCCGAGCCACGCAGCUGCCCCGCUCUGCCCCUCGCGCCGUCCAUGUUGAAUGUAUAACCUGCCCCCGAGCUCCUUGUGCCAGCCGGGCGUGGGCACCCGGAGCCGGCUGCGCCCCGCACGGGGCACCCACCGCGUCAGCCAGCCCAUCCUGUGCAAUAAACACAUCAGCGUCUGGCAGAGCUACGCCCGGCUCCGGCUCUGUUUGCUGCUCACAGGACCCCCGCCCCCUCCCCAGGCCUCUCGGGGCCUGGGCACUGCCAGGGGUCGGCCAGCCUGGGCAAAGGGGACCCCUGCCAGCAGCAGGCUGGGACCAGUACUCUGUGGCUAUGGGCUCCUGGCCUCCAUCAGUGCCCAGGGACAGGCUGGAGGAGCGGAGACCCCCCAGCACAGGCCCGGGGGUGGGACCGACGGGGGAAGCUGGCCACCCUGCUCCCCUUGCACUCAUGGAGAGGUGUUCUGCAAGCUGGCAGGAGCCACAGGACGUGGCUGCUCCUUGGGGGGCUGGCGCAGGAGGGGCCUGGCACCCCCUUCCCUCCCCUGAGCCGGGAGCAGAGCCCCCCCCUUCCCAACAGGAUUGCAUCUCUGCCCUGGACAAAGAAGGGGCCCGAUUUCAGGUGCCCAGUCCUGGCACCUGCCACCUCCUGCCGUGGGAGGGAAGGUGGUGGCUGCAUCCUGGGGGGCGCCGUGGGGGCAGCUCCAGGA